AGCCAAUGAUAUUUUAAAGAAGACGCUCGCGAGGUUUUCGUUUCUUCACCAUGGCAACCUCAGUCCGGUAAAUCGUGGCGUCGUCUUCUUUGUGGGCCACCGGUGGUUCGUCAUGGCAGAGUUGGGUCUAAAUGAUCACCAUCAGAAUGAAGUAAUCAACUACAUGCGAUUUGCACGCUCUAAACGUAGUCUGCGCCUUAAGACGGUAGACUCUUGUUUUCAAGACCUUAAGGAAAGCAGGCUUGUGGAAGAUACAUUCACUGUUGAUGAAGUGACUGAUAUCCUGGAUGGUUUACAGACUGUAGUGCAUAGUGAGGUGGAAUCAGAACUUAUUAAUGCAACUUACACCAAUGUAUUACUUUUACGACAAUUUUUUUCCCAGGCAGAGAAAUGGUGUCUUAAAUUACAGACUGAUAUUUCAGAACUGGAAAAUAGGGAUUUAUUAGAACAAGUUGCUGAGUUUGAAAAAUCAGAAUUUACAUCUUCAAAUAAGAAGCUGAAUCCAGAGUUGGUUAAAACUAAACUUACUCCAUUGCAUGAGGGAGCAUCAGAAUUGCUAAACAAGGAAAUUACAAGGCUUCAUGAAGAAAAUGAAAAACUGAAAACUCGAUUAAAGACAAUAGAGCUACAGGCUACAAAUGCACUAGAUGAAAAAUCAAAGUUAGAAAAGGCUUUACAGAACAUUCAGAUUGCUCAGGGGGAUCGAAAGUUUAACAGUACUCAGGAUGUUAGCGAACUAGAAAAUACUAUGGCUAAUUUGAAGUGUCAGUUUGAGAGAACACUUCAAGACAGUACUGCAAGCCAAAAAUCCUUGGAAGAGAAUCUGGUGUCAACAAAACAUGACUUACUUAAGGUUCAAGACCAGUUAGUACUGGCUGAAAAGGAAUUAGAAAAGAAGUUCCAACAAACUGCUGCUUAUCGCAAUAUGAAGGAGAUUCUCUCAAAAAAGAACGAUCAAAUAAAAGAGUUACGAAAGAAGCUUUCAAAAUAUGAGCCAGAUGAUUAAUUCUGAAGAGGUUGUUUUGUUUCAAGAAACUGCCACAAAAUGAAAUGGAAUGAAAAUACAUAUUUGGGAAAAAGGAUUUGUUGUUCAAUAUGUUUCAGUAUGUUUUCUAAGCAGUCUACUUUUUAAAACAUUUUAUUAUUAGAAAGACCUAAGUGAAAAUGCUGAAUAAAGAAAAAUACAUAUUUGUGGUUUAGGGCCAUUUUAAAUGUUAAGAUCAUAAUAUUGCAUAAUAACUACAAAUGCAGAACAUUUACCAAUUUCUUUUUUCAGUAAAAACGGUUAUUAUGAACAUAGUUCAGAAUAGUUAAUUAUAGUUCUUUGCAUACUGUUAAAAUACUUUUCUAAGGAAACCUCCCUGCAGUUUUUAUUUUUCUGAAAUAUUACUGUUCUGUUUCAGAAUAUUAGCUAGAAAUGAGUUAAUUCUGUUGCCAUUAAACAUAGCACCCACAUUUGGCUUGAACCUGGUAAGAACUUGAUCCCUGAGAAAGACACUUUUAGCCAUGCAAAAGAGUUUUAUUGUCAGACAAAGCAAAAAGCAUUUACUAAGGAAGGUCUGGUCUUUAUAUGGGGUACAGAAAUAAAGAAACAAAUGCUACAUAAUAUUCUGUAUAUGCGAUGUGCAAAAAGUAACUGAUAAAACAAUAAAACAUUAAGUACACAAGAUAGACACAAUUAAAAUAUGUUGCCUCUUCCGCUUUUCCAUUAGGCUUGUUUUGUUUAAUAUUUGCAAUACACAAGGACUUCAGACUAUGCUCCUUAUUUGUUUCGUUUCUGAAAAAGCUAAUAUUUGCAUAUAAAAGAAAUAAAUGGUUUUGGCUAAAAUGAAAA